AUGAGUGCGAAAUGCCGGCCAGACUCGCCGAUGCACCAUUCUCUCUACACAUUGGACGUUGACGUGGACGUGGACGUGGACAUGGACGUGGACGUGGACAUGGACGUGGACAUGGACGUGGACGUGGACAUGGACGUGGACGUGGACAUGGACGUGGACGUGGACGUGGACGUGGACGUGGACGUGGACGUGGACGUUGAAGUGGACGUGGACGUGGACGUGGACAUGGACGUGGUCGUGGAUGUGGACGUGGACGUGGAGGUGGACGUGGAUCUGGAGGACGUGGACAUGGACGUGGACGUGGAGGACGUGGACAUGGACGUGGACGUCGUCGAUGUGGACAUGGACGUGGACGUGGACGUGGACGUGGACGUGGAGGACUUGGACGAGGACAUGGACGUGGAUGUGGACGUGGAUGUGGACGUGGACGAAGACAUGGUCGUGGACGUGGACGUGGACGUGGACGUGGACGAAGACAUGGUCGUGGACGUGGACGUGGACGUGGACGUGGACGAAGACAUGGUCGUGGACGUGGACGUGAUCGUGGACGUGGACGUCGACGUGGACGUGGACGUGAUCGUGGACGUGGACGUGGACGUGGACGUGGACGUGGACCUGGACAUGGACGUGGAUGUGGACGUAAACAUGGACGUGGACCUCGACGUGGACCUGGACGUGGACGUAAACGUGGACGUGGACGUGGACGUGGACCUGGUUGUGGACGUGGUUGUGGACGUGGACGUGGACGUGGACGUGGAUGUGGACGUGGACGUGGACGUGGAGGUGGACUUGGACGUGGACAUGGACGUGGACGUGGACGUGGAGGUGGACGUGGAGGUGGACGUGGACGUGGACGUGGACGUGGAGGUGGACGUGGACUCAGAGGUGGACGUGGACGUGGACGUGGACGUGGACGUGGACUUGGACGUGGACGUGGACGUGGACGUGGACGUGGACGUGGACGUGGACGUGGACGUGGACCUGGACGUGGACGUGGACGUGGACGUGGACGUGGACGUGGACGUGGACGUGUACGUGGACGUGGACGUGGACAUGGACGUGGAUGUGGACGUGGACCUGGACGUGGACGUGGACGUGGACGUGGACGUGGACAUGGAUGGACAUGGACACGUGGACGUGGACGUAGACGUGGACGUGGACAUGGACGUGGACGUGGACGUGGACGUGGACGUAGACGUGGACGUGGACGUAGACGUAGACGUGGACGUGGACGUUGACGUAGACGUGGACGUGGACGUGGACAUGGACGUGGACGUGGACGUGGACGUGGACGUGGACGACAUGGACGUGGACGUGGACGUGGACGUGGACGUGGACGUGGACCGCGUCCGCGUCCGCAGACGUGGACGUGGACGUGGCACGGUCGUGGACGUGGACGUGGACGUGGACGUGGACGUGGACGUGGACGUGGACAUGGACGUGGACGUGGACGUGGACGCGGUCGUGGACGUGGACGUGGACGUGGACGUGGACGUGGAAGUGGACGUGGACGUGGACGUGGACGUGGACGUGGACGUGGAUGUGGACGUGGAGAUGGACGUGGACGUGGACGUGGACGUGGACGUGGACGUGGAGAUGGACGUGGACGUGGACGUGGACAUGGACGUGGACAUGGACGUGGACGUGGACGUGGACGUGGACGUGGACAUAGACGUGGACGUGGACGUGGACGUGGACGUGGACGUGGACGUGGACGUGGACAUGGUCGUGGACGUGGACGUGGACAUGGACGUGGACGUGGACGUGGAUGUGGACAUGGACAUGGACGUGGACGUGGACGUUGACGUGGUGGACUUGGACGUGGACAUGGACGUGGACGUGGACGUGGACGUGGACGUGGAGGACGUGGACAUGGACGUGGACGUGGACAUGGACGUGGACAUGGACGUGGACGUGGACGUGGACAUGGUCGUGGACGUGGACGUGGACGUGGACGUGGACAUGGACGUGGACAUGGUCGUGGACGUGGACGUGGACGUGGACGUGGACAUGGACGUGGACGUGGACAUGAAGGACAUGGACGUGGACGUGGACGUGGACGACUUGGACGUGGACAUGGACGUGGACGUCGACGUGGACGUGGACGUGGACGUGGACGUGGAUGUGGACGUGGACGUGGACGUGGACGUGCACAUGGACGUGGACAUGGACGUGGACGUGGACGUGGACAUGGACGUGGACGUGGACGUGGACGUGGACGUGGACGUGGACAUGGACGUGGACGUGGACGUGGACAUGGACGUGGACGUGGACGUGGAAGUGGACGUGGACGCGGACGUGGACAUGGACAUAGACGUGGACGUGGACGUGGACGUGGACAUGGACGUGGACGUGGACUUGGACGUGGACGUGGACAUGGACGUGGACGUGGACGUGGACGUGGACAUAGACGUGGACGUGGACGUGGACGUGGACGUGGACCUGGACGUGGACGUGGACGUGGACGUGGACGUGGACAUGGACGUGGACGUGGACGUGGACGUGGACGUGGACGUGGACAUAGACGUGGACGUGGACGUGGACGUGGACGUGGACAUGGACGUGGACGUGGACGUGGACGUGGACAGGGACGUGGACGUAGACGUGGACGUGGACGUGGACAUGGACGUGGACGUGGACGUGGACGUGGACGUGGACGUGGACAUGGACAUGGACGUGGACGUGGACGUGGACAUGGACGUGGACGUGGAUGUGGACGUGGACUUGGACGUGGACGUGGACGUGGACGUGGACAUGGACAUGGACGUGGACGUGGACGUGGACGUGGACAUGGACGUGGACGUGGACGUGGACAUGGACGUGGACGUGGACAUGGACGUGGACGUGGACGUGGACGUGGACGUGGACAUGGACGUGGACGUGGACAUGGACGUGGACGUGGACAUGGACGUGGACGUGGACGUGGACGUGGACGUGGACAUGGACGUGGACGUGGACGUGGACGUGGACGUGGACAUGGACGUGGACGUGGACAUGGACGUGGACGUGGACGUGGACGUGGACAUGGACGUGGACGUGGACAUGAACGUGGAGAUGGACGUGGACGCGGACAUGGACAUGGACAUGGACGUGGAUGUGGACAUGGACGUGGACGUGGACAUGGACAUGGACGUGGACGUGGACAUGGACAUGGACGUGGACGUGGACGUGGACGUGGACAUAGACGUGGACGUGGACGUGGACGUGGACAUGGACAUGGACGUGGACGUGGACGUGGACGUGGACUUGGACGUGGACGUGGACGUGGACGUGGACAUGGACAUGGACGUGGACGUGGACGUGGACAUGGACGUAGACCUGGACAUAGACAUGGACGUGGACGUGGACGUGGACGUGGACCUGGACGUGGACGUGGACCUGGACGUAGACCUAGACGUGGACGUGGACAUGGACGUGGACGUGGACGUGGACGUGGACGUGGACAUAGACGUGGACGUGGACGUGGACGUGGACAUGGACGUGGACGUGGACGUGGACGGGGACGUGGACGUGGACGUGGACGUGGACGUGGACAUGGACGUGGACGUGGACGUGGACGUGGACGUAGACGUGGACAUGGACGUGGACGUGGACAUAGACGUGGACGUGGACGUGGACGUGGACGUAGACGUGGACGUGGACGUGUAG